AUGUUGCGAUCGACGUCGAGGCUGCUCAAUGCCACACAAGGCGUAUCUGGGAGGUAUAUUUGCACAAGUAGAAUAGUAACUCAAUUAAAUCAGGAUGAGGAGUUACAGAAGCUUUAUCGGGACAUUGAGCUCCAUAAUAAUACAUCCACAGAUCUUUCCAAUGUUAUACAUCCUGGGCUUUGGGAGAGUGAAGAAAGGAUCGAGACUAACUCACCUGCUUACAAGUUUGGCAAGUACGGCGCUGGUCAGGUAGUCAUCCCAGAUUCAGUUGAUAGCACCAUGUCCGAAAGACUGGCGAAUACUAAUAAGGCUGAGCUAAGGCAGCAAACAAGGAGUAUUUACAAGCUACUUGAAGUAAACAAGAACCUGUCUCCAAAGCAAAUCCCAAGAUUUAUCGCAUAUACACGUCCUGAUCAGCCAUUAGCAUAUGCAUUGGCUAUCGGACCUGGUGUUUAUGCGGCUGUUUAUAGCGUAAUGAGGGAGAUUCGAAGAAGAGCAUCCAGUGAAAUAGAUGGUUGGCUUCCUCACAGGGUAAUCGAGUUGGGUUCAGGUGCUGGAAUAUCUGCUUGGGCAACUAUGGAUGCCUUCAAGUAUGGCGGUAACUCUCACUCGAUAGCGGCAGAAGAUUUCCAAGAUAAUGAUGAGACUGCAGUUGUGAAUGGUAGUAACGCAGACGAACCUGAGCUUCAUCCAGUGCAACAGUAUGAUGCAUUUGACCCUAGCGAGAUGAUGAACGAUUUCAAUAGGCAGCUAUGGAAAGACGCUCAACGGAAGGCUCAGCUGAAUGUCACAAGAAAGUUCAUCUCAUCUAGAUUCAAAUCAGAGGAUCCAGUGGAGUCAUCGAAAACCCUCGCCCUAUCAACUUUCACGCUCUCAGAAUUGGGUAAUCCUGCAGACAGACGGGAGGUAAUACACAGAAUGUGGAAGUCAAAUGCAGACAUGAUGGUAAUAAUAGAUAGGGGAACGCGCGGAGGAUAUGAGCGUGUAAUGGAAGCUCGCCAACAGCUAUUAGAUCUCGGAGGCACAUCUGAAACUUCAAGUCACGUAUUGGCGCCAUGUCCACACGAUGGCAAUUGCCCAUUGCUCAAUACCAAGGACUUCUGUCACUUCAGUCAACGCUUACAAAGACCUGCUUAUCAGCGUUAUAUCAAGAAGGCCAAGUUGGGUACAGAAGACCAAAAGUACUCGUAUGUUGUGGUUAGACGAGGUCAGAGACCAUCGUCAGAGAGCAGUAAAGCACUUAAUCAAUUGUCAAAGUACAGUCCAAGCGAGUUGAUAAAGUUGCAGAAACUGGAAGCACGCAAGAAUCUUGAAGUUGUUGGUGAGAUUGAGAAUGUUAAUGAGAUGAUGAUGUCGACAGCGGAAUCUACACCAAAUCCAGAAUUGUUGGACAGCUCGUCAACACCAAUAGUAGAAACAGCAUCAAAUGCUCAAAUAGAUACAGAUGUUGCUCUGCAAGAAGACCUCACAAACAAUCCUACAUAUGAUAACAGAGAUCUGCUAUUAAAGGAUAGUUUCAACUGGUCUAGAGUAAUUUAUCAGCCAAUGAAACGUAAAGGACACGUGAUAUUCGACACAUGCUCUCAAAGAGAACGUAUAGAAAGAUUCGUCAUAACUAAGCGAGACGGCGAUAGUGCUUAUAGAGAUUCUCGCAAAGCAAAAUGGGGUGACUUAUUUCCACACGAUCCAUCAGGCACUGUUCAAGUCAAGAAUGGUGGCAUAAAGCGUACAAUGCCAACACUACCUGAAGGAGUAAUUGAUGAAAAUCAACUGAAACCAGAACAUAAAGAUGCUGCAUAUACUGAUGAUAAUGGCAAAGUUGUUAUAGAUUCGUAUGAUCAUGAUCAUGCUCACAAUGAACGCACUCAUAAGCGUAGAGUUAGAGGUAUAGGAUCAGCUAGGAAGUUGCGUAAAGGAAAGGGUGCACGUAUGGCUGAUUUGAUGGAGAAGAAGAUGGUGGAUGAGCGAUUGGAGGGUAUAGCGAGAGACGCUACUGAUGAGAUUAUGAGGAAUCGUUACUGA